UCAGAAUCGUUAGUAACUCUCCCACCUUGCUUCUACAAAGUUUAAGUUUUUAUAGCGGCCAACUCUGUAGAAUGAAAAUACUAACUGUUUUCUUAAUUUACAUAUUAAGUGCAACUGCAACCACUCUAGGUGAUGCAGGAAAGGGAAAAGCUGGGGACUUUCGGUACCUGACUGGGUAUACUGGCACCGAUUGGUCUGGGGCCUCCUACGAGUUCACGGAUUACGCUCCCGACCUGAGUGUGGUUCUAAUGAACAAUGCCAUCAACAGCAGCUGCUCUACUGGACUUUGGAUUGCCUACGACAACGUCAACUUCAACCCGAAUCUCACUGGCGGCAUCUGUAGCAUUAUUGCCGUGGAUGACUGUAAAAAAUGGGCCGGCCCAUGCCAGAAAAUGGCAUCCUCGCUCAGAUACGCUGGAAGCGAAUUCGGACUGAAUGACAACUUUUACAAUUUGUACGAGGGUAACUCUUUUCACGGCGCUGAAUUCAAAGGUAACAUCAAUGCUGCAUACUUGGACAAUUUGGAUCUGGCCGUUUCAUCCCUGAUUAUAACUGGACAGUCUGGAUGGACGUUCUACACAGGAGUUGAUUUCACCGACGCUUCCGUGUGCGUUUACGCUGACGAAAUGGUCAGCAACGGCGGAGUAGUACUCAACUACGCACGUGUUUAUUCGAUGGACGAGCUCGGCCUGCCAGACAACUCCAUCAGGUCAGUGUCGCGCGGCUGCGCCAGCGACCGCAUUGUGGGGACCCCGCCCCAGGCUGGCGUUGAGAGGCUCCCAGCCGCGGCGUCACCUGCUAAUUAACGGAUGAAUGCAUUCCCGGGGAAGGCAUUCCUGGCGAAGGCAUUCGUGGCGCUCUGGAACUGCAUAAUGGAAUUUGACGUUAACUUAGCUGCUGCUAUAUCAUAUUUUUCACUUGAAAGAAGUGAUAAUUAAAUAUAGAGGGUAACAACUAGCCAAAUAAUAUUCUGCUGAUUUAUUCGACGUGUAAAGAUUUGUAACAUACCUAAAAUUAAUAUAAAUAAAAGUUACCCGAACUGCUACCUGAGGUUAUGUUAUUUCAAUUAAUUUUUUUGCUCCUUCA